CUAAAAUGUUAUAUUCUGUAACUUUCUUCUGUAUGUUUCUAGUGCUGUCUUGAAGUACGUUUUUCAGUACUUCCUCAUUUCACAGUUACUUCAGCUACUUACAAACUCAGUUAAUGUGUUCAAUAUUUAUGUUUGAAUGCUUAAAUGUUCUUAAACGCCAAGUUCUUCCCCACUUUUAACUCUGCUGAUCCUCUAUGAAUUAUGGAUCAGCUGAAAUGUUUGAAAAUGUUCAGAUGUGUUGACCUGACUGAAUAUUAAUGAGCUGAAGCUUCCAGUCAGAGUGAAUCAGUGUGUCAGUGAAUGCAUCGUGUGUGCUUCAUGGCUCCAUCUAGUGGACUGAUAGUAGAAGUAGAGCCGCUGAUGGCAGCUUCCUCUGCCUCACACUGCUGUCUGACUGCAUUCAGCUGACACUGAGAGGAAGCAGAAAAGAAGCAGCUGAUAUUUGGACAGCACACAUGAUGGAAAGGAGGAUUUCAGUUGAUGUGCACAUGAAUGAUUUGUGUUUCCUCGGAAGGUGAAGGUAGAAAGUGUGUGUGAGCGGAUGCGGAUGAGAAUUCAGCAGCAUGGAUCAGUGUGAGGACAGACAGGAGGGAGUCCCUCCCUCUAAAACCACUCUGUGUGGGGAACAUGAGAGCCAGACCACAGCUCAGAGGAAUCAACCUGACCCUGAACCCAGCUGUGUGUCCUUAAAGAGUGACGGAUCAAAAGCGAAUAUUUUAGAUUUUCAAAAAGCAGCAUCAAAUAAUGCAGAACCAGAUUUUUCUGGAGCUGAACCCAGCUGUGUGUCCUUAAAAAGUGACUCGUCAAUGUAUAUCCCUGUAGGUUUUAAGGAAGGACACCAUUCGGCUGCAGAAAGAGUGGACCAGGAAAGCUCAGAGGUUGCCAGAGAUCAGUCUGACCGGCAGAAUCACGCACAUCUGGACUCCAUAUUUAGGCUGCUGGAGGAAAACAUUGUUAAUUUUGUAAAGAUUGAGCUGAAGAAGAUUCUGAACAUUCUGGGUCCAGAUUACCCAGAAUGCUUAGCGAGUCAUGGGGAGGAUGAAGAGUUGUUGAAGGCUGAGAAUGAAAAGCAGAUGAACAGCAGCAGAGAAGCAUUUGUGAAGCUCACUCUGCACUUCCUGAGGAUGAUGAAGCAAGCGGAGCUGGCUGAUCACCUGGAGAGCAAAAUUCCCAGCAUAUGCCGGAAUAAACUUAAAUGUGCUUUAAAGAAGAAGGUCCAGUGUGUGUUUGAGGGGAUCGCUAAAGCAGGAAACCCAACCCUUCUGAAUCAGAUCUACACAGAGCUCUACAUCACGGAGGGAGGGACUGCAGAGGUCAAUGAACAUGAGGUCAGACAGAUUGAAACAGCAUUCAGGAAACCAGACAGACCAGAAACAUCAAUAACACAAGAAGACAUCUUUAAUGCCUCACCUGGAAGAGAUGAACCAAUAAGAACAGUGCUGACAAAAGGAGUGGCUGGCAUUGGGAAAACAGUCUUAACACAGAAAUACACCCUGGACUGGGCUGAAGACAAAGCCAACCAGGACAUCCAGUUCAUAUUUCCAUUCACUUUCAGAGAGCUGAAUGUGCUGAAAGAGAAAAAGUUCAGCUUGGUGGAACUUAUUCAUUACUUCUUUAUUGAACCCAAACAAGAAGGAAUCUCCAGCUUUGAAGAGUUUAAAGUUGUGUUCAUCUUUGAUGGUCUGGAUGAGUGUCGACUUCCUCUGGACUUCCGCAAAACUAGAAUCCUAACUGAUCCUAAAAAGUCCACCUCAGUGGAUGUGCUGUUGAUUAACCUCAUCAAGGGGAAACUGCUUCCUUCUUCUCGCCUCUGGAUAACCACACGACCUGCAGCAGCCAGUCAGAUCCCUGCUAAUUGUAUUGACAUGGUGACAGAGGUCAGAGGGUUCACUGACCCACAGAAGGAGAAGUACUUCAGGAAGAGAUUCAGUGAUAAGAAACUAGCUAGCAAAAUAAUCUCCCACAUCGAGACAUCACGAAGCCUCCACAUCAUGUGCCACAUCCCAGUCUUCUGCUGGAUCACUGCUACAGUUCUGGAGGAUGUGCUGAAAACCACAGAGGGAGGAGAGCUGCCCAAGACCCUGACUGAGAUGUACAUCCACUUCCUGGUGGUUCAGGCCAAAGUGAAGAAGGUCAAGUAUGACGAAGGAGUUGAGACAGAUCCACCUUGGAAUCCAGAGAGCAGGAAGAUGAUUGAGUCUCUGGGGAAACUGGCUAUUGAUCAGCUGCAGAAAGGAAACCUGGUCUUCUAUAAAUCAGACCUGACAGAGUGUGGCAUCGAUAUCAGAACAGCCUCAGUGUACUCAGGAGUGUUCACACAGAUCUUUAAAGAGGAGAGAGGACUGUACCAGGACAAGGUGUUCUGCUUUGUCCAUCUGAGUGUUCAGGAGUUUCUGGCUGCUCUUCAUGUCCAUCUGACCUUUAUCAAUUCUGGAGUCAAUCUGCUGGAAGAACAACAAAAAAACACCCAGACAGAGAAUCACUUCUAUCAGUGCGCUGUGAACAAGGCCUUGCAAAGCACAAAAGGACACCUGGAUUUAUUUCUGCAUUUCCUCCUGGGUCUUUCAGUGCAGACAAAUCAGAAUCUCCUACAAGGUCUACUGAAACAGACAAGAAUUAGUCCUCAGACAAAUCAGGAAACAAUUAAUUACAUCAAGAAGAAGCUCAGUGAGAGUCUGUCUGCAGAGCAAAAGAUUAACCUGUUCCACUGUUUACAUGAACUGAAUGAUCGUUCUCUAGUGGAGGAGAUCCAAAGGUCCCUGAAUUCAGGAAGUCUCUCUACAAAUGAAUUGUCUCCUGCUCAAUGGUCAGCUCUGGUUUUUAUCCUACUGUCAUCUGAUGACCUGGAUGUGUUUGACCUGAAGAAAUACUCUGCUUCAGAGCAGGCUCUUCUGAGACUGCUGCCUAUCGUCAAAGCUUCUGAAAAAGCUCUACUUAGUGGCUGCAACCUUUCAGAGAUAAGCUGUGAAGCUCUUUGCUCAGUACUCAGCUCCCAGUCCUCUAGUCUGAGAGAUCUGGACCUGAGUAACAAUGACUUGAAGGUUUCAGGAGUGGAAGUGCUGUGCCGAGGACUGGAAUCUCCACACUGUGAACUGGAAACACUCCGCCUGUCAGGAUGUAUGAUCACAGAAGAAGGUUGCUCUUUGCUGACAAAAGCUCUGAGCUCCCCUUCCUCACGUCUUAAAGAGCUGAACCUGAGCUACAAUCAUCCUGGAGAUGCAGGAGUGACUCUGCUUGAGAAAUCGAGUCAGGAAACUCUCAGGGUCAUUCUGGAGCCUGCUGGAGAACAAUGGCUGAGACCAGGUCUGAGGAAGUAUUCCUGUCAACUCACAAUCGACACAAACACAGUAAACAGAAAACUCAAACUGUCUGAUAACAACAGGAGGGUGACACAUGUGGAGGAGGAUCAGUCAUAUCCUGAUCAUCCUGACAGAUUUGAUGGUGAUUGUCAGCUUCUAUGUAAAGAUGGUCUCAUCAGUUGCUGUUAUUGGGAGGUUGAGUGGAAAGGAGAGGUUUAUAUAUCGGUGAGUUACAGAAGAAUUUCAAAAAACGGAGACAGCAAUGCCUUUGUCUUUGGAAGGAAUGAUCAGUCCUGGUCUCUGUUCUGCUCUGAUGUUAAGGGUUACUCUGUCUUACACAGUAACACAGAAAUAUAUCUGCAAUCCUCCUCCUCUGUCUCUAACAGAGUAGCAGUGCAUGUGGAUCAUCCUGCUGGCACUCUGUCCUUCUACCGAGUUUCCUCUGACACUCUGAUUCACCUCCACACCUUCAACACCACAUUCACUGAACCUCUUUAUCCUGGAUUUACAGUCUGGUUUCCUGGUUCCUCAGUGUGUCUGUGCCGAGUUGAGUGUACAGAUUGUCCUCCUGUUAGAGAAACACUUUGACUGUUAAACAGAUAGUUCAGUCUGUACAUGUCUGUCUCUUUCAAUCAGAAACACAGUUUCAGAUAAUCAGUCAGUUAUAAAUAUUCUAAAUGAUUCCUUGUAAACAUCUUCCUCUUCAGCCCUUUAAAGGUGGAAGCUACAAUUAUUUCAGGAUCCACAUGUUUUUUUUUCUGUUUUUUUACACUCAAAGCUUCACAUUGAAUAUUGGUAUAUUGUUAUUGGUAGGUUUACGACACCAACUGUCUGCCAUCUAUAAUCCAGUUUUGAGCCCACUCAACUCCUGGGCCAUCUGACCUCAGGAAAUGUGUUUUGAGUUAUGUUCAAAAAAGAUCUGGAAUUAAAACAGGACUACAAUAGUUAAUUCACAGUAAAUUCAGGACUACUUUAGGCCACCAUUUCCCACCAAUUUACUCAGAACCAGAAUCUUUUUUUUCAAAUUGUAAAACAUCAAAUCAGACUAAAUGUUUAUUUUUUUGAUUGAAAAAUAUAAAAAAACAUAUUUGUUAACUUUAAGA